CGAGAACACAUCCAAGCACUCGCCAUAAUUCCAAACCACUGUGCCGCUCCCUCCUUCCCCUCUCCUCCUCGCCGUCCUCGCAAGAACACGGCGAAAAAUCGGGGCUUUUGGGUUCCGGACGCCCGAAGAUCGUAUUUAAUUUCCGGUUUUGACCGGCCGGCGGAGGGAAGGGGAUGCGGCGUGGUGGUGGUCUGAUGUAGAUUUCCUUUUCCAGCCUUGUCUGCUCUGCUCGCGUUCACAUCUCUCGCUUGCACAGAGCUUUCUGAUCUGCCAACUGGAGAACGAGGCCAUGCGCGCCGCCCCAACACGAGGUCUGCUGAACGGGGAGUGAUCGCGUCCGGUGGCCUGCCUGCUGCGGAGAUGAAGGAGGAGAGGUGCCUGGACCCGCAGCUGUGGCACGCCUGCGCGGGCGGCAUGGUGCAGAUGCCCACGCCGCGCGCCCGCGUCUUCUACUUCCCGCAGGGCCACGCCGAGCACGCCAACGGCGGCGGCGGCGGCGUGGCCGCCGCCGAGCUCGCGGCGGCGCUCGGCCCGCGCCCGCUCCCGCCGCUCGUGCUCUGCUCCGUCGCCGGGGUGCGCUUCCUGGCCGAUCCGGACACGGACGAGGUGUUCGCCAAGAUCCGCCUCGUGCCCGUCGGCGCCGGCGACCCGGGGCUCCGGGACCCCGACCCGCUCGGCCCCGACCAGACGGAGGCGCGCGAGAAGCUCGCCUCCUUCGCCAAGACGCUCACCCAGUCCGACGCCAACAACGGCGGCGGCUUCUCCGUGCCCCGCUACUGCGCCGAGACCAUCUUCCCCAAGCUCGACUACCGGGCCGACCCGCCCGUGCAGACGGUGCUCGCCAAGGACGUGCACGGGGAGGUCUGGAAGUUCCGCCACAUCUACCGGGGCACCCCGCGCAGGCACCUGCUCACCACGGGAUGGAGCACCUUCGUCAACCAGAAGAAGCUCGUCGCGGGGGACUCCAUCGUCUUCCUGCGCACCGAGCACGGCGAGCUCUGCGUCGGGAUACGCCGCGCCAAGCGGGUCACAUGCGGUGGCAUGGAGUGCAUAUCCGGAUGGAACGCCCCGGGCUACGGGGGAUUCUCGGCCUUCCUCAAGGACGAGGAGAACAAGAUGAUGAAUGGACCCGGAGGAGGCUACAUGAAGGGCAGGGGGAAGGUCAAGAUCGCCGACGUCGUCGAGGCCGCCAGCCUUGCGGCCAGCGGCCAGCCGUUUGAGGUGGUCUACUACCCGAGAGCUAGCACGCCCGAGUUUGUUGUCAAGGCCGCCGCCAUGCAGGCUGCCAUGAGGAUCCACUGGUGCCCUGGGAUGAGAUUCAAGAUGGCCUUUGAGACCGAGGACUCCUCAAGAAUUAGCUGGUUUAUGGGGACUAUAUCUUCCGUCCAGGUCGCUGAUCCCAUCAGAUGGCAAAAUUCUCCGUGGAGGCUUCUUCAGGUCACAUGGGAUGAACCCGACUUGUUGCAGAAUGUGAAAUGUGUCAGCCCAUGGCUUGUGGAGCUUGUAUCAAGCAUUCCACCUAUCCAUUUGGGACCAUUUUCACCUCCACGAAAGAAGUUACGGGUUCCCCAACAUCCAGAUUUCCCAUUUGAUGGUCAUCUGUUUAAUCCCAUUUUCCAUGGGAACCCACUUGGUCCUAGCAACAGCCACCUAUGCUGUUACCCGGACAACUCUCCUGCAAGCAUACAGGGAGCCAGGCAUGCUCAAUUUGGUUUACCAUUGACAGAUCAUCAGCUUAAUAAGCUGCACCUCGGUCUGUUCCAGGGCGGCGGUUUUAACCGGUUCGACGCCCUAACCCCGUCUUCUCGGAUACCCAAGGGAUUUGUGAUCAGCAGCGCACCAGCCCAUGACAGUGUCUCUUGCGUGUUGACGAUUGGUACACCACAGAGCGCAGAAAAAUCUGAUGACAGAAAGACACCACACAUAAUGUUGUUUGGAAAGGCUAUCCUUACCGAGCAGCAGAUAACCUCAAGUGGAUCAAGAGAGACACUUUCCUCUGGGGCUACUGGAAACAGUUCUCCUAACGGCAAUGCGACGAAGGCAGGAAAUGUAUCUGAUGGUUCUGGUUCGUCAAUUUGCAUUGGCUUUUCGUCCCAAGGCCACGAGGCCUCUGACCUUGGAUUAGAAGCUGGACACUGCAAGGUAUUUAUGGAAUCGGAGGAUGUUGGUCGCACCAUUGACCUUUCAGUGUUUGGGUCGUACGAAGAGCUGUACGGCCGUCUGUCUGACAUGUUUGGAAUCGAGAAAGAGGAGAUCAUAAGCCAUCUCCGUUACCGCGACACAGCCGGUGCAGUCAUGCAUACCGGCGAAUUGCCAUUCAGCGACUUCAUGAAAGUAGCACGGAGGCUGACAAUAAUAACUGGCGAAAACGGAAGGCUGCCGAAACCUCUCAUGGAAUGCAUGGUUCAGCGGGUGUGAUCUCUCGGCCUAUUUGACCAUGAAUUUCAUCAAGAACUUCUAAACCUAGAGUGAAGAAGGACCUAUUUUCUAUAUGUAUUUCAGUGUUCCUCGGUGCUGUUUUAGCAGAACCGCAUCGUUAGUACAAUCUUGUGGAUUGCUUUUUCAUAUGUAUCUGUCUCGCUCAGCUGAGCGGACCUAUGGUAGCUGUUUGUUGGAUCUUGUGGACUGCCUAAGUAAUGUUUUUCGUCC